AUGGGACGCAAGGGAGGAGGCAAGGCGGGUUUCAUGAAGGCACAGAUGCGCCAGAAGGAGGAGGUCAGCCCGCCAGAGCAGGAUACUGGUCCAGAGGAGGCGCAUCCCGCUACUAGUACCCCAGGGACCACCCAGAAGGAGGAGUCGACGUCCACCACCAGCGCAAAGGCGAGCGCCUUCCUUGUGGACGACGGGCCAGAGGAGUCGGUUGGGGAGAGACCCUCCGUGAGCUGUGGAGGCGAGACGCGGGGGAAGAUGCUGCAGCGGCACAAGCGGGCGGAGCGCGAGGCGCGCAUCGCCGCUGAGCUGGCGGACGCAGACGACAGCCUCAGGGUGCAGGAGGAGGAGGCGAUGAGCAGCACGCUGGGCCCCCUGGGCCUGGCCAUCCACGAGAUCGCGCCCGACGGGCACUGCCUCUACCGCGCGCUGGAGCACCAACUGGACCUCCAGGACGGGAGUGGCGCGGCAUCCUUCCAGGAGCUGCGGCGCCUGGCUGCUGAGCACAUGCGAACGCAUGCCAAUGACUUCAGUCCAUACAUUGCCGAGGAUGAUGUAACCGGGCCUGUGGAGGAUGGGGAGGUGUUUGAGGCCUACUGCAAGGAGGUGGAAAGCACAGCGGCCUGGGGCGGCCACCUGGAGCUACAGGCCCUGUCACAAGCCCUGGGCAAGCCGAUCAAGAUAUGUUACCUGCACCAUGCCUAUGGCCUGGGCGAGCACUACAACAGCCUGGUGCGCGUUGUGAAGGAGGAAAGCGAGGGAGCAGCGUCUGUCAGUGGCGACGAGUGA